UCGGGUCACCAGGCAUGCGUAUUAUUCUGUUGCGAGAGCCUUGAACGAAAAGCGUCGAAAAUGGCGGAGUCUCUGAGACGGUUGGUUAACAUCGGUACAUUUACUGUACUACAGGAUAAGUUAGAAAGAUGGCUCGGCAAUUAUCACAUCAACACAUGUGACCAGAAUGUUGCUCGGUGCUGUGAAAUUAUUGAACUCAAUGCCAAAGUUCAAGGGCAGCUAUUUAAAUUACUCAGUGUUACUGCCGAAUCAGGUGGAAUGUAUGGAGGUGCCAGUAUUAUCAAAUCUCGUUUACUUCCAUUUUUGGGACAGAAUUUCUUUACCUCAGGGGGAUCUGUUACUGCAGACACUAGCCUUAGUAUCUUAGCAGAAUCUGCAGCAAAAAAUAGGGAACUAGAUGACUUACAAGACCAGUAUGAAGUCAGUUUACAAGACCUAGAAGCUGAUCUUAAAGCUAGAGAAAAUGAAGUACAAGACCUUCGUGAUGAACUGAUUGAAACAAAAGAGGAGCUUAACAGAAGUUUAAGAACAACAACUAGUGAUAAAAUGUUAAACGAUGUUGAAAUACGUGAACUACGACGAAAACUAGCUUUAGCAGAAGAUGAAGUUAGAACUUUAAGAUCAAAAGCAGGGCUGUUAACAGAUUAUGAUACUCAAGUUCGCCGUUUACGUGAUGACAUUGCUCUCCUAACAGCUAGGCGUGACUCACUUUUAAGAACGUCAACAAUUAAAGAUAAAGAUGAUUCAUUCUUAUCUUCAAAAGAUGAGUCUAAACGCAAUGGUCCAGGGCUCGCUGACGCACAAGACGAGAUUGUCAAAUUACGUGCAAGAUCAGGUCUUAUUGAUACGUACGAAAGACAAGUAAGGAAUCUCAAAGAUGAACUCUCAUUGUCUUCCACUAAAAAGAGCUAUUUGGAUGGUAGAGAUGUGUACAGCAGUUUGAACUCCUACCGUUAUACACCAAGAGUAGGAUCACCACUGUCCAUCGACGAUCCCGUACAGCGUGUCAGACAACAGAAUCUCAUCUCACGAUGGAAUGAUAUGUUCUCACAGGAUCGUCUGGAUGCCAUGGAUACUCUCCGUCGCUAUUCAGAUGAUUAUGAAAACAAUCAAAGAAUCAUCUUCCUUGCAUUACAGGAAGCAUUUAGUGUUGCCAAGUGUGCCUUCCGUCAGUUUAAGAUGAAAGUCCGAGCAAACCUGGCAGCUACACACAUUGGUCCAGAGACUCUGGAGGAGGCAGUCCAAGACUAUGUCAAUAGAAAUACAGACCUCUAUGAUCUUCCUGGAAUGGUUGCUGAUGUAUUAAGAGGGUUAAACAGAAGUCCAAAGAUCUAUCUUCCACCAGACUCUACCUUUGCAGUCGUUCAGCCAUUCAUCAGAGAAGCCUGUAAACUUGCCUGGCAAAUGAGUGCUCUGGCCCACCCACUUGAUAUUGCAGUGGCCACUGAUGCUGAACUCUUUGACAACAACAGGUAUCGUAGAAGUUAUGAUUCUGAGUACACAGCUCCUUUAGUAAACCAUCACAUCUGGCCUGCCCUGAUGCAGGGAUCUAAAGUCCUAAUGAAGGGAGAAGCUUGCACUCGUAGAGGAGCAUCCCUGCCAGUAGAGUAUUACCGUAUUGAGGGAGCUAGUAGGAGAAGCAGAAGCAGAUCUCGCUCUGUUAGCCCAAGUAUACGUACACGAUCCCGUUCUCGUUCAAUGAGCCCAUCUCGUAUGGCUCGUAGUCGUUCCCCAAGUCCACGACGAAUUGCAAGUCCGUAUAGUUCAGAUCCACUAUUCUAGAUGGAAGUAAACAGAUAAUCCAUGUUAUUUAGUUGACAAUAUACAGAUAUGUUGAUACCAUUUGUUAAUGUUGUUAUUGACAUUUAUUUAUUUGUUUGGUAAUGUCAUGUGACCUGUUGCAGACAUACAUGUCUAUAUUUGGUAUUGUCAUGUGACUUGUUGCAGACGGUCAAAUUUUAUCUUGGUACUGUAGCAGGGGAUGUUGGUUUUGUGUCUGUUAAAUGUGAAAAACUGUAUUGUAGCAAGGGUUCUGAAGUAAAGCAAAUAUAAAAGAAAGAUUUUUGUAUGUGUGUUUUGAUUAAAAUCUAAAGUGAAUACAAUAUCAACCAGGAAACAAUUAAAAAGUAUAUAAAAGUAUUAAUUCUGAAACUAUUCUUUCCCAUCAAAUACAAGCAAGGAUUUUAAAAAUUAUGCAUCUACAUAGUUUGCAGAGUGUAGAAAAUGCUGAAAAACUUUUCUUCUUAAAUUUGAAUAUUUCAUAUAAGACCAAUUUGAAUAACAAGAAUUUGAUAUUUAACAACAUACACCUAACCAUUUGCUGCUUCUUAACAUGCGCAUCAUGAAAAUUUCAGACAGCAUUAACAAAAAGUCCUUCUAACAUUUAGUAAUGACAUUCACACAACAAUGUAACAGUUCACACAUAUUCAGUUAUAAAAAUAUAUUUUAAUUUAUUUAUAUUUACUUGUUAGUGCUUUAAUAUUGUUACCAUGGUUACUGAGAAGUAAGAUUUUUUGUUGACAUUCCUAAAAUAUUAUUACUUUUUAAAUGUAGUUUGUUGAUUUUUUAUUAGGAUAAUCAAAAAUUUGAUAAGGGGUAAAAUCAUGCAAGACAUUAUAAAACAUUCUUAGUCAAUCAGUUCAAAUAGGGAAAUUUAAGAGGACAACCCCUAUAGCAUUCUGUGAAGGUGCUCUUGGACCAAACUUAUACAACUGUGAUACUUAUUUUAUUUUUAUACAAUUUAAGUAAGAUAUUAUUAGAUUUUUACACUUUUUGUGAAUUUAGAAGAGGGUUCCGUCCAAAACUCUAGCCAUUUCAGUAUAAUCUUUUUUGUUGAACAUUGUUUUCUUGUGAUAUUUUAAUAAUUGUUUUUAUAUUAAUCAUGUUCUCAUUAUCGUAGAAUAUUUUUGUUAGUGUGUAGUUUAUACCUCAAGUUUGAGAUAGAUCUGUUUUGGAAUUUUUACAAAAAUAACAAAAAUAUUAAUAGGGUUUUUAGAUUUAUGUUUAUGUGUGCAUACGAAAGUGAAUAUAUUUUAGAGAACCAUGAUUUGUUUGUUAAUUUCAUUGAUUUUUCUCACAAAAUUUGGAAAAUGAUGUAAAAUUUCAUAUUCUGUUUAAGCAAGGGGAGGUAAAUGCAAUCAUUUUCUGCACUUCUGAUUUCAGGUUUAUUUUUUUUCAAACUUUGUUUAUUUAAAAACACUAAGAGUAUUAUAAUAAAAAAGGAAGAAACUUUUGAUAAAUUUUUUUUUUUAUAAUUUUUUUUAUAGUUGAAACAGAAUAUGAUAUUUUAUUGACCAGGUUCACCAGGGUUGGAAACAGAUUGUAGAUAUAUUUUGCAAGAUUUUUUUUUCCUAUGCAGUUAUAUUUAUAUUAUUACAUUUAUUUAUGUAGAGUUUUAUAGUAAUAAAAAUAAACAAAACGUG